UUAACCGAUAGCGUUGUAGAAGGUUCCCGGAGAUUCCCAUGUGACAUUUCAUGUGGGCUUGUUUUUGCCAAAAUGUCCGUUAUCGUUGACCGAAGAGAGACAGAUGAGCCACAUUUACUGCUUAUAAGUGAAGAGGAGGCUAAAAGAAGUAUUGUGGUCUAUAACAUACCGCCGAAGAUUAAGGCUGAAACAGUCUGUAUACAUUUCCAGAGGAAGAAACAUGGCGGAGGAUAUAUCGAUCGUGUACACAUUUCCAGGGAAGGAACAGCCGUAAUCACUUUCGAAAAAAACGAAGUCAUGUCAACAGUGUUACAGAAGUCCCACACACUUGUAGGAUCAUCAUCACCAUUAAAGAUUCUCCGCUUUGUUCAAGAGGAGGAGGAGCAGGUGGAGGUGUUUCAGCGAGCUGAGACUCGAAUUGACCUCAAUAAGUUCAAUUCAUCAUUCAAGGAAAUGUGCACCUUACAAGUUUUAAAGGAUGAAGCAGAAGUUGAAUGUGUUAGCAUGCCCUGCUCAAGCGAAAGAGUUUUCUAUGGGACAUUCAACAACAUUGUCAAGGCUUUAGAUCUCCUUCAAGGUCCUGGAAGGAUUACUACUGCACCUACCACUAUGGUAGAGAUGACCGACCAUUCGGAGUCGGUGGAAUCACGGCUGGGACGUUUGAGCGUCGAAGAGUUGGCGAGAACUGUAGUGAUAUCGAACAUACCGAGACAAAUUACGAAAGAGGAAAUUAUCAUACAUUUCCAGAAAAGGAAAAACGGCGGGGGAGAAGUCUAUGAUAUUUGGAUGACAAAGGAUGGGCAGGCAGUCAUAGUCUUCGAAGAACCUGGAGCUGCUGACAGGAUAUUAGAGCGCACUCAUGUACUUGGGGGUAAAGUGGUGGAGCCACGCCCAAAAGCAAGUAAAGGAAGAGUAUCAGGAGAUAGUUAAAGCGUGCACCUUUGAAGUUGAACCAAAUUUCAUGAAACUAUUCAGAAGGGUACACAAGGAAAAGCUUGAACAAAUAGAGAGGGAGUCACUUAAGGAUAGUUUGGCCUAAAAAUGAGGCUCAAGUAGAGAUCAAACCUACACCUUUAACGGAAGAAACACACUAUCAAGAAGGAUGCGAUGCUUAUAUUGAUUUGUACCAAACCACCCGUCAUACCAUGAAGCGACAGGUGAUUGAUGUAAGAGACAUCCACGAUGAUGGGAAAAUCAAGGAGGCGAUUACAUUCGUGGAAAGCAAACAUCCCGUCUUCAUUGAGAAAGUAGGAGGUCACUUAAGCGUUUAGAGCAAGGAAAUUUAUCUUGAACGCUCAGUGCAGACUCUAAUAGAACGUUUGGCAACCUUAGGAAAGGUCAAAAGAACAUAACUCAUUCGCCUCACCAUCAUGAACCGCAAUUACCUAAGAUCCUUCUACAGAUGUUGACAAAUAACGUACUGGUAUCCUUAUAUCAGGGACUGAGACAUGACUGAUGAGGAAGUCUAUACCAUUGUCAACCCAGCUCACCCCUGGCUUGAACGUUCACAAGACGGUGUAAUUCGUACAAUUUUGAUAAAAGGGGGGAGUCAAAUAAUAGAUGAUUCUCUAUAUAUUAUGU